AUGGACAGGCGUCCCCUGCCAUUGGGAGCCGAGAGGGGAGGGCCCCCAAAAGUGGAGGCAGCCAAUCAGGAGCAGAGAAGGCCUGGGCGGAUGAAGGAGGACGGUGUGUCCGUCGGGGGAGGCUGCACCGGCGAGCUGAGCUCAGCGGCGCAGGUGGCGGGCGUGUGCGAGACGCUGGAGGAAGCGGCGACGUGGAGCGGCUUGGGGCGCUUCCUCUGGUCGCUGCCGGUGCCCCCGGCGGCCUGCGAGGCCCUCCACCGCAACGAGUCGGGGCUGCGGGCCCGCGUGGUGGCCUUCCACGGGGGCCACUUCCGCGAGCUCUACCAGAUCCUGGAGGGCCACAAGUUCCAAGAGUCCCACGCCAAGCUGCAGGCCCUCUGGCUGGAAGCCCACUACCAGGAGGCCGAGAAGCUCCGCGGGAGGCCCCUGGGCCCCGUCGACAAGUACCGCGUCCGCAAGAAGUUCCCGCUGCCCCGCACCAUCUGGGACGGCGAGCAGAAGACCCACUGCUUCAAGGAGCGCACGCGGCACCUGCUCCGCGAGUGGUACCUCCAGGACCCCUACCCCAACCCCGGCAAGAAGAGGGAGCUGGCCCAGGCCACCGGCCUCACCCCCACCCAGGUCGGCAACUGGUUCAAGAACCGCAGGCAGAGGGACCGCGCCGCCGCCGCCAAGAACAGGCUUCAGCAGCAAGUGAUGUGCUCUCAGGGCACAGGAAGGUCUCUGCCUUUGGAGGAAGAAAGCACUGGGGAGCCUCUUCUGGGCACUGCUUCCAGCCCAGCUGCCAGCCUGUCCAGCAAAGCCGCAGCUUCCUCGGCCAUCUCCAUCACCUCCAGCGACAGUGAAUGUGACCUGUGAAGAGGAAAGAAGGAUGAAGAAGGAAAAGGAGGAGGAAAAAUACAGAGGAGGAAGAGAGAAGGAGGAAAAAAGACAGACAUGGCUGACCUCACCAAGGGACAGAGGGCAGAAGGACAAGACAGACUGGGCCGCAAGUGGCUUAGCCAAAUCCUCCCUUGCCAGCCAGUUGACUUCCAUGGCUCAAUGCUGGCCACUUUGCUUUGCUUCUGGGCUGGUUGGGGAAGGAGGAAGACUAGCCACCCAGGACUAGCUGGCUACAACCCACACCCCAAGAGUUUUGGGGUGCUUUUGUAGCAGAAAACACCCAAAAAACUUUUUCUGAGAAAUAAAAGACUCACUCCUUGCUUCCAGCUGCAUUUUCGCUUCUUCAAACCAGCAUCGACUAUUAUAAAGAUUCCUCAAAACAGAACAGCAUCCAAUCACAAACAAAAUGAAAAGACACAGAGAGAAAAUGGAGGCUUGGGGAAGAGACAGAAAAAAGCUCACUUCAUUGUCUACCAUAAUAUUCCCCCCUGCCUCAAAAUUUGGGGGUUUUCCAGCUGAAAAGACACUGGGUGUCAUUUUUGUGUGUGUCAUUAUUAUUUUUUAAAUAGUUUGGUUUUACUUU